GCUCACGAUAGCCAAGAGGAGAAUCGAUAGCCCAAACGUGCGUCAGCGGAGGAGUGGAUGCGCAGGAUGUGGCAAAUCCACACCGUGGAACGGUACUCAGCCACGAAGGAGAGGAAGGACCGAUCUCGCUCUGUUGUGGAUGGAGCUCGAAAACAUGCUGAGUGAGAAGCCAGGAUUCCUUCUGUGUGAAACGUCCAGAACAGGCAAAUCCAGAGACAAGGCAGCCUGCUGCAGGAGGUGACACGGUCAGGAGACAGACUGAUGGAGACCACAUGGAGAAGAAGCCGUUGGGGCCCAUCUGGUGUCCGACAGGCCCCCAAAAUGCAGCUGAACCACCUGGAGUGAGCACCCCUGUCCCUGACGGCCGAGGGCUGUCUGUCGCCUUGAAGUCUGGAUUCGGCGCCAUGGAGGGACAGAGCCCGGGAAGCAGAGGCCCCUCGGAAAAGCCCAUCCCUGCGGCCGCCCGCCCCGGUCUGUCCUCCCUGGGUGCCGUCUUCAUCCUCCUGAAAUCCGCACUGGGGGCCGGCCUGCUCAACUUCCCCUGGGCCUUCCACAAGGCAGGGGGGGUGGCCCCCGCCUUCCUGAUAGAGCUGGUUUCCUUGGUCUUCCUGAUCAGCGGGCUGGUCAUCCUGGGCUAUGCAGCCUCCACCAGCGGCCAGACCACCUACCAGGGCGUGGUUGGAGGGCUGUGUGGCCCCGCCAUGGGGAAGCUGUGCGAGGCCUGCUUCAUGGUCAACCUGCUCAUGAUCUCCGUGGCCUUCCUCAGGGUGAUCGGGGACCAGCUGGAGAAGUUGUGUGACUUCCUCCUGCCCGGCGCUCCGCCCGCCCCGCAGCCCUGGUACGUGGACCAGCGCUUCACCCUGACCCUGCUGUCUGUGCUGGUCAUCCUGCCGCUGUCCGCGCCGCGGGAGAUCGGGUUCCAGAAAUACACAAGCAUCCUAGGCACCCUGGCCGCCUGCUACCUGGCCCUGGUCAUCGUGGUGCAGUACUACCUCUGGCCCCAGGGCCUCACUCGUGAGCCCCGACCUGCACAGAGCCCUUCCUCUUGGACCUCCGUAUUUAGUGUCUUCCCCACCAUCUGCUUCGGAUUUCAGUGUCAUGAAGCUGCUGUCUCCAUCUACUGCAGCAUGCGCAACCAGCGCCUCUCGCACUGGGCCCUGGUCUCCGUGCUGUCCUUGCUGGCCUGCUGCCUUGUCUACUCGCUGACAGGUGUUUAUGGCUUCCUGACCUUCGGGACAGAAGUUUCCGCCGACAUCUUGAUGUCCUACCCAGGCAACGACGUGGUCAUCAUCGUCGCCCGGGUCCUCUUUGCCGUCUCCAUCGUUACCGUCUACCCCAUCGUGCUCUUCCUGGGGAGGUCGGUGAUGCAGGAUUUCUGGAGGAGGGGCUGCUGCCGGGCGUGUGGGCCCAGGGCCCUGGCUGACUCCUCGGGGCCAUGGGUCCGGAUGCCGCUGACCAUCCUGUGGGUCACUGUGACACUCGCCAUGGCCCUGUUCCUGCCCGACCUCAGCGAGAUCAUCGGCAUCAUCGGCGGCAUCAGUUCCUUCUUCAUCUUCAUCUUCCCAGGUCUGUGCCUCAUCUGUGCCGUUGGUGUCGAGCCCAUGGGACCCCGAGUCAAGUGCUGCUUGGAGCUCUGGGGAGUGGUCUCCGUGCUCGUGGGCACCUUCAUCUUUGGGCAGAGCACGGUGGGGGCCGUCUUGGAGCUCGUCUGAGGGGCGGCCGCACCUGAGCAGGAGGAGGGCCUCCCUGGGCCCUCGUGGCACCGCUGCCCAUGUCCAGCCGUGGGACCGACGUCAUUCCGUCAUAAAGAUGCUGGAGAAACGGAUUCCUUCUUCCUUCUCAGGCUGCUCACUGGGGCUUCUGCUGGCUCAGAGGGCUUCCGGCGCAGUGGGGAGGAGCGUGUCAGGGUGUCCUGGGGCGGCCCCAACCGGUGGCCACAAACAGCAGAAAUGGGCUCUCACAGUUCUGGAGGCUGGGAGUCCGAGGGCCAGGUGUCGUGGGGCCACACUCCCUCUGAGGGCUGCAGAGAUCCUUGCUGCCUCUUCCGGCUUCCCGCGUUGCCGGCCAUCCUGGGCUGGUAGACGCGGCACUCCAGGCUCUGCCUUCAUCUUCACGGGCCAUCCUCUCUGCGUCUCUGACCAAAUUCCCCUCUGCGUGUAAGGAGGUCAGUGAUUGGAUCAGGGCCCGCCUUAAUUCAGGAUCACUUCCUCUUAAUGUAGUUACUUGAUUAGCAUCUGCAAAGGUCUGUUUCCAAAUUAGGUCAAAUUCACAGGUUCCAGCGGUUAGGACUUUAACUUAAUAUUUCUGGGGGACACAGUUCACCUCAUACCUGAGAAGUAGGGGCUGAGGCCCAGAGAGCCCUGCUUUGGGGCGUCGGGAUCAAAGACCUGAGGUGAGGGCGUGAGAGCCCAAAAGGAGGUUUCAGGUGGUGUCCGAUGGGGGUGGCGGUGGACUCGAGCUGGGCCUCGGGCUGGGGCGUGGGGACUGCUGAAAUCCUGCCCUUGACCAGGAGAUGCCCAAGGAGAUGGACGCCCAGAGCUGGCCACACGACCUUGCACUUGCCACAUACCCCGAUGGGGGGGACCCCAAGGAGCGCCCCCUUUCCCUUCCACUGACCGGACCUGAGGAGCCUGGAAGCCAAGUGGGCCGUUUGCGCUGGGGUUCCCGCCCGGCCCCAACCCAAUUCUGGCGUGAGGAGUCACAUGAAGCCGAGGAGGAGGGGCGGACGGUCUGCCCCAGGGCCUGGGGAGAGGAGAGGAGCCGGGGUGGGCAGAAGCCGGUGGAGAGGCCCCGGGGGCCCAGCUGCUCUCUCGGCCGCGUGCUCACCAGCACAGACCCUGCCCAGGCCCGGGGACGUCCUGGAUGUUGCUGGGUUCAGGCCACUCUUCCUGCCUGCAGACAGAAGCAGCCAGUGGUGCAGAGCCAGGAGGGGCUGACAUUCGGGGACGCCUCCCUCGGGGGAGGCAGGGGGCCCAGCUCUGUUUGUUGUGUCCUGCGAUGUGUACAUGACUGUGCGAGGUUGGUGGUGAUAGAACCAUUAUUUUGUUGGUUUUUUCCAGCCUGUCCACCUGCAUGAAUUUUUGAAAUUGAGUUAUGAUUCACAUACUAUAAAAUUCACCCUUGAAAAGUGCACAGUUCAGUGGGUGUUAGGAGAUGCAAGAAUGGUGCAGCCAUCAGCAGUAUCUGAUUCCA